AUGCAGCCUUCGCACAGUGUCGGAGUUCCAUUCCCAAAAUACUCCUAUAAGAAGGCUUCACUCGUAUACGCAUAUCCAGCUCAUGGUUGCGAGCCUUUAAAAAAUAAUAUCGGUCCUAAUGAAGUUGUGCUGCUGGAGCGAGGUGAAUGUUCCUUUGUGGAGAAGAUAAUAAAUGCGGAAAAUGCAGGGGCAUUGAUUGCUCUCGUCACGGACUCGCAUUCAGGAGGGGAUGAGUUUGUGGAUAUGAUUACAGAUUCAACGGAACGGCAAGCAGGUAUACCUGCUGGUUAUAUCACGGGUGCUAGCGGCCGUCGAAUACGCGACUAUUUAUUGUAUUCGGAUGGAUCUAUACAGAUGACGAUUCCGCUGAAUCAUACGCUUUCGAUGCUUCGAGAAAUCCCCAACAAACCACCAUGGGAACUCUGGUAA